AUGCCCUUCAAGCUGCCCCCCUGCCUUCAACCUGGCCUCCAGCUGCUUCUCCAGAAGGUGUGGGUGACCCAUCGGUCCUACAUCCUCUUUGUCUACUCCGUGAGCAUCUCUAGUUGCCUGGUGGAAGUCUUGGAAGGCAGAUCGUUGUGGCAGAUGGAAGGCUCGGAGAUCUUGGCCAAGAAGAACAAAGACGUACGUAGAGUGUUUGCAACGAGUCGCUCCAGCCCGAUUUACUUUAUAUUCAGAGCACCCAUUAAAUUAAGCAAACCAGGGGAACUCCGAGAAGAAUACGAAAACCAGCUAAGGAAGCUGAGAGAAGAAAAGCUGCAAGAAGAAAAAGCUUCAGAGGAUCCGAUUCACAAGUUCAUUCUGGAUGACGUGGACGGAGGCAAAAGAAAAAUGGAAGAGCAGCAGAAAAAAGAGGAAUCUUUAACGUUUAAAGUGAACCAAGAGUGUUUUCCUGAACGUCUCUCGGAUUCAGAGAACGAAGAACCGUUCCAGGGCAAGCAAACGCAUCGGUCGGCUUUCGUUUCCAAGACCAGUGCCUACUCCUUUGCUUUCCUUUCAGGGAACCUGACGGCCAAGGUGGAAAGGAGCCGAAGCUGCAACGACACCAUUCAGGAGAGAUCAAAAAGCAGGCAGAGAUCAACCCCGGCCAACAAAACAAAGGUCCCACCCGUCACCAGCACGUCAACGCCGCUGGUUGGAGUUUUGUCGUCCACCCAGAACAACCGUUGCCUCUCGGCCCCAGACCUGACGGCGGAGAAACGCCUGGUUCUCAACCCCGUGUCCUCCCUCUCAGCCCUUCACAAGCCCGAGAGAUCCAUCAGCCCCGAGAGCAACGACAGCAUCUCAGAAGAACUCAACCACUUCAAGCCUAUCGUCUGCUCCCCGUGUACUCCUCCAAAGAGGCUUCCCGACGGCAGAGUCCUCAGCCCUCUCAUCAUCAAAUCCACCCCGAGAAACCUGAACCGGAGCCUCCAGAAACCGACCACCUACGAGGCCAGUCCUAGAAUCCUGAAAAAAUGGGAGCAGAUAUUUCAGGAGCGUCAGAUUAAAAAGACUCUUUCUAAAGCGACUCUUACGUCCUUGGCUUCGGAGCCCGGGGAAGACGUUCUCGUUCCUGACAUCACCAACUCCAGCAGUUGCACUAAACAAGUUCAGGAUGAUCAUCUUCCACCUGACACGACAGGAGAUCCUCGCCCCGAGCUGGAUUUCUUUCCUUCCAUCAGUGAAACGAAGCCAACGAGGGGGAGUGAGAAGAGCAGAGCUCCACAGGCCUUAACCACAGAGGACAACGCUGCCGAACCAGACGUCAGAUCGAAUGUAACCUCCUUAAACACCCGAGUGUCCGAGGUCCCUGACCUGAAAGUCAACGCUUUCAUGGACAAAUCCUGUCUUAAUCUUGGCCCCAAAAUGCUGAGCAGAAGACUCAUGGGCGUCAACGCUUCGCUGCCUGACAACAGCACCCUGGGAGUCCCCGUCAAGACAUCAGGAAAAAAACAGCUGAAAUACUUAAAUAACAGCGAAUUCAUCAACGUCCAGAACAACACCUGCGGGUCCGUGGAGAACAUCAUCGGGGAACAACCCCCUUCGUUGAGAAGGGGCCGGAAAAGACGUUGCAAAACCAAGCACUUGGAACACAACGGCUCCGUCAAAAGAUUGAGGCACGGGGCAGGGGAGGGGGGUUUGGCUCCAGAGGAUCGGUUGGUCCGGGAGAUGGAGCAGAAGCUCCAGCAGGAGGAGGAGGACAGGAGGUUGGCCUUGCACCUGCAGCGCGUUUUCGACAGCGAGAACAGGACAGUGGAGAGGAGGAAAGUGCGAGUGGAUCGGUAUCUGCUGCGGUCGAAGAGCACUCUGGGUGCUAAGUAGCACUGGUGUUGGACGAUGUUGCCUUUUCUAGAGGACGAUGAGGUUUAUCAGAUUUAUCUUAUAGGAAAACUAUUUUUUUGUCAUACUUCCACCCACGGCAAUUGUUUUUGGUUUUUAUUAUUUUUUUUAUUAUUUUUUUUUGUUUGUUUUGGUGGUAAGACGUUUGUAGGUCCAGUUCAGAGAGAAGCCAGAGUCCUUUCAGAUUAACGAAAAAAAAGAAAAAAGAACCAGAGAGAGAGGAAAAAAAAUCCUCCAUUGGUCUGAAAGAAGUGUCCCUGGUCCCCGUGAAUACACUGCAACCCCUCCACGUGCAGUCGGUGACAUUUGGGUUCCCCAACUGGGAGGGUUGUGUGAGCAGGACGUGGGGUACAGGAUAAGGACCUGGUGUGGUCCUUGCCUUGUCACUUCGAUGUGCCAAGAGAAAUCUCAAGCUCUACUCAUGGGAAGUAGGUUUUUUCUCAGAAUCACAGAAACACAGAAUCUUCUAGGUUGGAAGGGACCUUCAAGAUCAUCUUGUCCAACCAUCAACCUAACUGACAAAAAUAGACCCCCCCACAACAAACAAGGAGCA